AUGCAUAGUGUUAGAAUCCAGCACAGAUUCCAUUUACGAUUUACCACUGAAUUGCACAGGGAAGCAUUGAAGAAAAAAUCACAAGAAACCUUGAAACUCCAGGAAGAAGCCACCAAGUUCUCUUCAGAAUCCACUGGACGUCGGGAAGGAAAGUCUUCUCCUUUCCUUGCCACAGGGGUUCACAUGAUGACCAGCCCAAAAUCAUCGUCCAGUUUAAACAAGCACAGCAGUACAGUCCUGGAUGCCACCUCCUACGCUAUUCCUAGUUCACACAGCAGUAGUCCUCCGAAGACAGUUCCUUCCAAAUAUGACUCGGAGAUCAGGAGCCCGAAAAAAUCAGUUAGCUUUUCUGGGAAAGAGCAGGUGGAGAACAUCCUGGGAGAAUAUGCACAGCAAGUGAGAGACUUGCAGAAGAAACUAAGCGACAAUACAGAACAACACGAGCAACAGAAAUUCGCUUUACGGCAAUCAAUUAUUGAGCUGCAGACGAGUCUGGAAAACGCGAUGAGAGAGAAAGAAUCCCUUAGUGAAUUAAGACGAAAGGAAUCCCAAUCGCAAGAAGGUCACAAUAGCAGGCUGAGGGCCACGGUGGACGAGUUGCAGACGGCCAGCCUGCUUCAGGAGGAAAUGAUAAAGGAAUCCAGUAGCCAGAUUGAUUAUCUGAAAAAAUUGGUCCAGGGCCACGACGAGGUGUUUGAACAGCUCCGCAAUCUUCUCCUGCACUACGAAGGGGGUCCAGACCAGAAGACGUAUGGAUACGAAAGUGUUGCCAGUCUCCGUAUCUCCUACCUGCCCGCUGCUUUCGCCAGGAUUCUCCAGGACUUUGAAACGGAGGUGUUGCGUUUGAAAUCCCAGUUUGUCCCACUGGAAGAGCAAAUGGAUAUGAUGCAGAGAGAAUCAGAGUCGAAAACUGAAAUUUUGCUUCAGCAACAUCAGGACAGCGUUGAGAGGCUGAUCGGCGAACAUGAGCAGGAUUUGGAAGUGCUGAGGGAGGCAGCGAAGGCUUCCCACAGCCACGCCAGCAACAUUCAAAGCCAGAUGGAAAUCAUUCAAGAACAAGCCAAAAAUCAGAAAUCUCUGUAUUUGCGCCAGAUCAGUCAGCUGGAAGGCACGAUUUCACAACUGCGCUCUGAGCUACGGGAAGCCAUGAGGAUGUCCCAGGAUAAGGUGAGUGCAAGAGGGUUCAUAGAAGAUCUGGAGAAGCAGCUGCACCUGGUUCACUCUGAGAUGACUGAGGCUCAGAUUGAAAGGGAUCAAUACAGCCAAGAAUCUGGAAACUUAGAUGAUGAGGUUCAGCAAUUGUUGGCUGAGCUCCACAAGAAAGACGUGGAGCUGAAUCUGGAAAAGGAGCAGAAUAAGAGGCUCUGGGAUCGAGACACGGGGAGCAGCAUCACCAUAGACAAUCUGCGGAGAGAGCUGGACAACAAAAACAUGGAGCUGCAGCGCGUGGACUCCGUCGUCAGGUCCUUGCAGAUGGAGUGUGAAGGACAAAUUCAGCGUCAGAUGUCUGCAAUUAAAGAGAGGAACGACAGCCUAGAGAGGGAAUCUGCUGUCUUGGCCCAGCUAAAUUCAACCAAAGAAAAGCUCCAUAAAACUGUCCAAGAUCUGAACGAAAGGAAAUUAAGCCUGGAUUCUGCAGAGAGGGUCAUCGCUGAUCUGAGAUGCUCCCACCUGGAGAAGGAAAGAGUCAUCGAACGCACCAACGAUGAGAUCGAGAAGCUGCGCGGACGGGUGGAUAGCAAACGGGAGGAGUUCCAGCAACUGAAAAGUGAAAGCGAACUCUUGCGGAACGUGCAGUCCGACUGCGAGUCCCUGAAGGUGCAGCUGGUGGAGAAGGAGAAGGUGAUUGAGAUCCUCCAGAAGCAAAUCGAGAGCAUGACCGAGAUCGUAAGCCAACAUGGCCGGACAGCUGGCUCCAUGGAGACAGAGAAGUCUCAGCUCAUAAAAGAAGUCGGCGAGAAGAAGGUGGAACUCCAAGAAAUGAAGAAUUUGCAAGAGAAGAAGGACAGCCAGAUUCGUGAACUGGAGGCCGGCCUGAGCGACAUGGAAUUAGAAAAGGUGAAACUGAUGAACGUGUGCUCGGAAAGGCUGCGGAUCCUAAAAGAGAUGAAACUGGAGCGAGAAGAACUUGUGAAUGAAAUCAAAGCCAGCCGCAUUGAGCUCAGUGCCCUCGCAGAGGAAGCAGAAAUCAUCAAGAAUGACUACCGAGAGAAGAAUGAAGAGAUGGAAGCCAUUGUGAGCAAACUGAAAAUGCAGCUGAAAUCUGCUCAGAUUGAACUGGAGCAAACCAGGGCAACUUUGAAGACCAUGGAGGGCUCGGAUGGCCAUGCCAUGAAAGUUGCGAUGGGGAUGCAGAAGCAGAUUACAGCCAAACGAGGGCAGAUCGAUGCUUUGCAGAGCAAGAUUAAGUUCUUGGAGGAAGCAAUGACGAACGCAACUAAGGAAAAACAUUACUUGAAAGAAGAGAGGAACCGAUUAAGUCAAGAGCUGGGCUGCAUGGCUGCUUUAAACAACAAAUUGGCUGGAGAAUUGGAAAUCCUAAAGUCCCAGGAUAAGCGUUUGAAAGACAAACUGGUGACGAUGGAAGCUGCUCUAGAUAAAGCGUCUCUACAGUUUGCAGAGUGCCAGUGCAUCAUUCAGCGGCAGGAACAAGAAGUCAUGCGCUACAAACUUCAGCACACUUUAGACGUGAAAAUGCCCUCCAAGCUUAAUUACACCAAGGAGGAUCCAUUGCGAGAUUUGAAACAACUCCUUCAAGAGUUACGAAGUACAAUUGAUGAAAUUCCUUCUGCGAUUCUCCCCAAAACAGAAAGUGACAGCGAUCCUGACUUGAGCAGUACGCUGUAAGGAUAUGCAAAAUAUUGUGACUUUACUAGCAGAGAAAACAUUGGCAGAAGAUCACAUGACCCCUGCAGGGAGGCUGCAGUCAGAGACUUACCUUCAGAGGUGACCAGGGGGCAAGAAGCCUUUAGCAGGGAUGCCUUAAACUUACAUCCUGGGGAUCUCGAAGAUCAAGAAUCGACUUUCCCUUUUACAUCCAGUGUGUCCCAACUCUCCACUCGCUAUACCUCUUCAAAGAAACCCUCCUUUGAGGACCGCUACAAAGAUAGGUCUCCUGUACACUCCUUGCUAACUGCUCCUUUGGAUGACCUUAAGGCAGCUCCUGCAACAUCCUUGGAACGACGGUCCAGUCUGAAGAAGAACUGCUCCCCCCCAGAAGCCACAACUACGACCACCAGUAGAAGUGUUUCUUUCAGCACCUCUACUUUGAUUCAGACGGGGGAAUCCAGAGAAAAUGCUUGCAGGAAAUUACAGAAUAAGAUGGAGAAUCUACAAAACCUUGUGGAAACAAUGCAGUUAAAAAACCAAGCAAUGUCCACCAUGAUCAGAUGUCAGGAAAAGAAAAUAGAGCAAGCCAAGGAAAAGGAGAAGAAGCUCUCCAAAUAA